AUGCAUACAAAAUGCUUGGAUGGAUCAGUGCUGACCACAGCACCCGGGAAGUGGCUGAGAGGAGCUGUGCAGAGAGCAGCACUGGCCAUGGGGACAGCAGCCCCAGCCCUUUUGGUACUGCUCAGCCUAAGAGUGACUAUUUGUGAUGCUGAAGACACCUGCUCAGAGGUAAGAAUAGUGGGACUGCGUGAUGCUGACCGACUUGCCAUUCUUCAAGGAUGUCCAGGGAUCCCAGGCAUCUCUGGCCCAAAAGGAGAAGCAGGUCUCCCAGGAACAAAAGGUGAGGCCCCCAAAGCCAGUGAUGAGCACUGUGAGAUGAGAUGGUUUUGUUGCUUCCACUUGAUCUCUUUGAUUUGCACAGAACCGGGGAACUGCCAAGAACUGUUGGCCAAAGGGAAGAUUUUGAGUGGCUGGUACACAAUCUACCCCCAAGACUGCAAUGCCACCACCGUCUUCUGUGACAUGGACACGGAUGGUGGGGGAUGGAUUGUUUUUCAGAGGCGCUGGGAUGGGUCAGUGAACUUCUUGAGAGAUUGGGAUUCGUACAAAAGAGGCUUUGGCAACCAGCUGACAGAGUUCUGGAUGGGGAAUGACAACAUCCACUUCCUCACCUCUCUGGGACCCUGUGAACUCCGCGUUGACCUGAGAGACUUUGAGAACAACUACUAUUUUGCCAAGUAUGCUUCAUUCAGAGUUUUAGGAGAGUCAGAGAAAUACAGACUGGUUCUAGGAGACUUCCUUGGUGGAAACGCUGGGGACUCUUUAUCGUAUCACAGGGACAUGCCAUUUUCAACGGCAGAUCAGGACAAUGACAUGAGUUCCUUCAACUGUGCCACGGAAUACAAGGGAGCGUGGUGGUACAAUGACUGCCAUUACUCCAACCUGAAUGGGAUGUACUGGAUGGGUGUGCAUGGGAGCUACGCUGAUGGCAUCAACUGGAAGACAGGUAAAGAAUACCACUACUCCUAUAAGCGAACGGAAAUGAAGUUCAGGCCAGUUUAACAUGGUGACAGGGUGCCUGACUAGAUCCAAGA